ACGUAAGUCACUACCAUUUGUACAAAUAUAAUAAAUAUUCCAUACAAAUAUUAUUGAAUUAAACAAUAAAUUACAUUUUAUGUAAAUACUUUCAAAUCAAUGUUAUUUCGACGCAUAUCAUAGUCUGGAGGAAAACAUUUUCGGUAGUGGACGCCGAUUUAAUAUUUUGUAAUAAUGUUGAAAAUUUAUUCAAUUUUGUUGUUUGUCGGCAGUGCAGUCUGUUGGGCAGGUGCCUCAGGUCCUUCGCACAUCGACAGACCUUGCGACCUGGACGACCACCGCUGCAUCGGCAGCGUCCUGGCUUCCUUCUCCAACUGCAAACAGACCCUGGCCGACAGGAUCCAACCAGAAUAUAGAAUCAAGAAGUUCCGCUUUGAAACUCCAUACUUUAAUACUUCUUAUAUUGACAAUGACUUGAUAGUCAGGAACCAUGAUACAUGUUCUGUUGCAGCGUUCUUCAUCAACAAGAAGUCCAAGACGGCGGUGCUGGGUAUCGACUGCCGCGACCUCUACCUGGAGACCGAGCGCACCGUCAUCCAGCACCGGAGCCUGCAGGAGGACAACGUGUACCACUACCACGUUAAGGCCACUUAUCCCCUGAUCCGCAUGACUAUGAACCUGCCGACCUCUCGCAGCGCUCACGUCUGCGACCUGCCGGUCUACACGGAGGUGCCCGUCAUGCCGCGCUUCCAUGUCGACCCCAAAGACAGACCCACAGCGAAGGCUCUGUCGACGGACGACAGUCUUCAACUCAUCUUCGAGAGAGAAAACUUCUUCUACCGAGGAUAUCCCUUCAUCAGGAUGUUCCUGGACGCACACAUCUGUAACUUUGGAUGCCCCAGAGAAAUUCUCUAAACUUUUACACGUGUGAAUAUACCAUUUCGUAAACCACUGCUUUGCAGUUCUCUGUUACCGUAAAACGGGGUAAAUAGUUUUGGGGUAAAUUGAGACGGAUUUUGUAACGAGUUAAAAUGAUUUUGUUUUUAGAUGACGGCGACUUUUGCUGUUUUGAAAUUUUAAACUGUUUUUAACAGUUAUUGCUGACAAAACCAAAAUGUCUCUCUAUUUACACUGCCAAAAUUAUUUACCCCAUAUUAAUCGGUAUCAAAUAAGAAAAACAUCUGACCCACUAAAA